AUGGAGAAAGUGGAAUGUGCUCCGUUUUUGCGAGGUCCUAUUCUAGAAGAUCCCGAUCCAGCUUCGCAUCUUUACAUUCCGAAAGCUCCCCCUAGAAACUAUGAGACUUUGAGUCAAGCUAUUGAAGCGGGAAAGUUCAGAGACCAAAUUAACGAACCCGCACCAAAAACCAUGGAGGAGGCUAGAGGGAUUAACAUUAGAGACCGGAGAAAAAUAAAGAGCCAACGAGCAAAAAUUGCACCUCAAACGACAGACGGAACGAAUCAAAUGUCAAAUAUGCAAGGGUUUGGCUCUCAAAUGAACUUUACCCAGGACCCUUAUUCAACGGGUAGAGACACCUUUGGUGGACCUUUUGGAGGAGGGGGGAUGUAUGGAGAGGAUCCCUCUCCAUUUGGAGGGGGGGCUCCAUUCGGAGGAGACCAGUGGGGCGGAGGAGAGGAAGAUACGUUUUCAGGAAUGGGAGAACCUUAUUCAGGUUUGACUGGAGGACCAGACCCACAGGCAACGCGGACUCAGAACGAUGAAGAUGAUGGUGCCGAUGAUGGAGAAGAUGAUGAAGAUGACCAUGGAGAGAAUCAUUAUGAAGAUGAAACGGAUUACGGAGAGGGUGAGGAUGGGGAGGUUAGAUUAGAGAAUGAGGAUGACGACGAUGAAAUAGAUCAAAAAGAAUUAGACCCUAGUUCAUUCCCAUAUUCAACCUCUAUGAAUGAACCUGGUGACGAACAAAUUAUGCAAGAUGCAAAGAUACUUCGAGAAAGAGAUGGAAUAGCAAAAUCCAUGGCCGAGGCUGGUUUUGAUAACCACGAGAUCCAGACAGGUGAUGGAGAAGAGUUUAACAAUCCGGUUGCAUCAGAAACCGUUCAAGCUGAAACCGGCUCCAAUGUAGUGCAGGAGGAAGUCCGUCCAAAGAAGAAACUGAAGGAGAAGUUUAUGAGAGACAGAGAACAACUUGAGAGGCUAAUGAAUGCACAAGGGGACUCAAUAUACAGAAGAGCGGAUGAGCCUCCACCUGGUCGCAAACCACCUGCAGAUGAUCUUCCAGGCCAUCAAAACCCAGGAGAGUAUCCACCCUCCAGACACCCCAGGGAGACGAGGAUAAUGAGUGGCCAGGAGAUCAAACAACAGAUGGCCAUGCAGAAGCUUGCCAGAGCAGCUCUCAAAGCGAUCGGCAAGAGAGGUGGAGCAAAAGCAAAAAGAGGAGGAAAAGUUAAAGUUAUGUUUAUGUAAAAUGUCUCCGCAUACAUGUGAAGCUACUUUGAAUAAGUGUGAAAGUGGUGUGUGAAACUUGUCCACUAUAUUUGACAACAGUCCAACUUAUACGCGUUAACAUGUCGUAACAAAUUUCAAGCAUGUACUAUUUUUGGAAAACAACCUAAAAAUCAGGCAAUCAUUUUAAAUUACAAUUUAUAUGAUUGUUUACAAUGCUAAUUGAUAGGGGUACUUAGUUUUUCAAGUAACCUGAGCAACGGACAUUAUGCCAUUAGUCAAAGUAGGCUAUUCUAUUUUCAUAUGUUUUGAUAAAGAACAUUUCGAAAAUUUGUGAA